CAAAUGGAAUUCCAUUUGGAACCCAUACCAGCCUUAGCCCCUUCUACUUUUUGGCCAAGUUUUGCUUCACAUGUACGCUACGACGAGCCCUCCUCCGUCCUCCAACGGCAACAUUUUUGGGACGAUGAUCUGUUAUUCUGUUCCGAGCGAUCCACAAAAUAAGUCUCGUUCCAGCUUAUUCAAGUAUUCAUCUCCUCAGUACGUGUUAUUGAUCUCUGUUUCUUGGCACUAGCCAAUGCUAUGGUUGGUCAUCUGAAGUGGGGGAGCACUGUUAUACCUGUCAAUCAAUAAAGUGACAAGUCUGCUACCAGUUCUCCAAGGUGAAUAGGCUAAACCCUUGGCCGCGGUCGUUUAACCUUGUUCAAUUAAAAGGACGAUUUCUAUGGUUUCUUAUGACGGUAGAUUCAGUCACUUUCUGGUGAAUUGAGUAAUCUCAUAGGAGAGGACAUGAAUUAUGGUUGCUAUUGAUUAAAGCUGCUAUUCAUGACGAAUGCUGUGUCAUGUAGCACCAGAGCUGUUACUAAAGAGCAACACAUACUUUAAAGAUUCAGGCACCAAUACCAUGGAGACUGUUUUUUCCAAGAUGUUUCCCCCAGUGGCAUUGAAGGGCCAGCAGAUUGAAUAUAAUCCGGAGGAACUUGAUGAAUUGCUGGGACAGGUUGAAAUAUGGCACUACAUGACCAGCUUCACCGACUCCGUCGCCCUCAAAGUUGCGGUGGAGCUCCGCAUAGCUGACAUUAUCGACCGCCAUGGCCAACCCAUGACCCUUCAAAAGAUCAUCGACAACAUCGACGGUGCUACCGACCCUGAAAUCACCUUCCUCUUUCGUGUCAUGCGAGUUCUUGUCCGCCGAAAGAUCUUCUCCGCCCAACAAACCGACUCCGGCGAGACCCUUUACGGCUUGACCCGUGCUUCCAAAUGGCUCCUCCGUGACACCAAAAUGACCCUCUCCCCCAUGCUUCUCCUCGAGAACCACCCCAUCCACCUGAACCCCGCUCACUACAUUAGCCAAUGCAUCAAAGAAGGCACUAAAAACGGCACUGCUUUUUUCAAGUGCCAUGGCCACGAGCAAUUCGACCUCACCGGUUUGGACCCCGAGUACAAUAAGUUGUUCAACGAGGGCAUGGUCUGCACCGCUAGGGUUACGUCCAAGGCUGUUAUUUCGGGCUACAAGGAUGGUUUCAACAAGAUCCAUUCCUUGGUGGACGUAGGAGGCGGCAUCGGAGGAUCACUCUCUGAGAUUGUUCGAGCUAACCCCCACAUCAAAGGCAUCAACUUUGAUCUUCCCCACGUGGUCGCCACUGCACCAAAAUACGACGGAAUCACUCACGUCGGGGGAAACAUGUUCGAGUCCAUCCCUGAAGCCGACGCUAUCUACAUGAAGUGGAUUUUGCAUGACUGGAGCGACCAGCACUGCAUUCAGAUAUUGAAGAACUGCAGAAAAGCGAUCCCCGAGAAGACAGGGAAAGUGAUAAUAGUGGACCAUGUUCUGCAACCGGAAGGCAACAACGGGCUGUUCGACGAGGUAGGGUAUGCAUUUGACAUGAUGCUGCUGGCUCACAACGCUGGUGGAAGGGAAAGGACUGAGCAGGACUGGAAGAGGCUGUUCGAAGAAACUGGCUUCCCUCGGUACAACAUCAUCAAGAUCAAGGCUCUCCAAUGCAUCAUCGAGGCCUUCCCAAUCUGAGGAUCCAUUAUCCACUCGGCAUUGUUUAGCCUUUGGGGGUUUAUUAAUGAACGUAGCCAACUAUUGAAUAAAUCGCCCCUCUGGGCUGGGAUUUGUAGGUGUGCUAUGAUCCUGCGGACUACGGUGUGUUUGUGUGUAAGUGAGUGACUGCAUGUGAGGGUAUGUGAACCCUCCGUGAAUUGUAAUGCUCCUAUUUCUACGUAAUGGUGAAAUAUCUUUGGUAUGUAAAAUGCUCAC